AUGCCACCGCCGCGGCCUAGGCCAAGGCGCACAACCGCAGCCGCAGCCGCCCCUUCGACCUCUGCUUCUCCAAACCCAGCAGCCAAACGGGCAGCCUCGACUUCCGCUCCAUCUCGCACAACCAGAACCGUCGCCUCGCAGCGUACUAGACAGGCCACUCCCAACACCGACACCGAUACCGACACCGAUGAUGACCAGGACGACGACGACGACGACGACGAAGAGGAGGUCACGCGCGAAAUGAUCCAGGCAAGGAUCGCAGAAGCACGCGCAGAGAGCCUUAGAAAAGCACAGGAGCGUCAGCAGCAUAACGCAAUCCGCAGCCGCAGCCGCACCACGGCCAACGGCGACCACGACCACGGGUCCGAUCCCACCCCGUCGCGUCGCGCCACCAGAUCUGGACCCGCCAGCAGAACCCGCGGUCCCGCUUCGGCCGUCGCUGCCAGAGCCACCCGCUCCUCGGCAGCCGCCGCAUCCUCUCCCGCUCCCUCGUCCCCGGCAACCCGUUCCAGUCGCACGUCCGGCCGCACCAGCCGCUCUACCCGUCGGGACCUACUCGGCGACGCAGACAGCGACUCCGACAGCGGCAGCGACUCCAGGUCUGCAUCGCAGCACACCAAUACCCGUGCCUCCCGCACAAAGCCAAGUGCCCCCGCUUCUACCAUGCAGGCCUCAAUCAAGGGCAAGGGCAAGGCCAGCGCCGCCGCCGCCGCCGUCGACGACCACGACGACGAGCAGCAGCAGGACGACGAUCACUGGUCCGAGCCCGAGGCGCUCAAGCUCGUACGCCAGCAGCUCCUCAGAAAGGCCGGACGCGCACCACCAGCCGACGAGCCCAAGCCGCAGCAGAAGCGCAAGGCCGGCCCCAUUGCCAGAAGUCAACGCCAGUCGCGCAGGACCACGGCUGCUCCCCAGAGCGAUGUCGACGAUGGCGAGGAAGGCACGCAUGUCCCAGACGAGCGGGCGGAGCGCGGCUCUGACGACAGCGACGCAUCCGUCGGCCCAAGCUCGUCGACCAGAUCCAACCUGCGUCGAUCGACGCAGACACGCUCGUCCGCGCGACAGAACAAUGGCACGGUCAAGCCCUCGGUCCAGUCCAAGGGCAUGAGCAAGCUGAGAAGCUUGCAGAACUCCCUUGCCCUCGACUCGAGCGAGGAGGACGAGGGCGAGGACGAGGACGAGGACGAAGACGAGGACGCCUCGGCAGAUGACAGCGGAGAUGCCGCACCCUGCCGUCGGGCCCGCACGCGCGCUUUAUACAAGGCUACAUCUUCAUCGAGGCCCAAGAAUUCCUCGAGACUGCGAGGCUUUGUCGUCAGCGACGACGAGGUCGACGACGAUGACGAUGACGACGACGACAACGAUUUUGGCGCCAAGAAGCGCAGGCAGACGCGGACGCGGACGCGGGCAAGGCCCUCGCCGAGAUCAUCGUCGAGGCUGCAGGCCAGUAGCCCGCAAGCGCCGUCCUCGCAGCGUCCGACGAGGUCGGCGGCUACCCGAGGGCGCACGAGCCAAGCUGGAGGCGAUGAUGACGACGACGAAGACGGCGGGGAUCUUGACCACGCUGUCAUGGACGUCGGCGAUGCGAGCAGCGACGAUUUCGAGUCCGCCUGGAAGCGCGGCUCUCGUCGCAAGCAGCCAAAGAAGCGGGCCGCCCCCCGCAGGUCGACACGAGGCGAUGAGGCUGCAGCGCCCGCCCGCAAGCGCCUCCGUCGAUCGAGGCCACGGGCUUUGUACAACGAAGACGACGUCGAGCUCGACCUCGACGAGGACGAAAGCGAAAAGUCCGAAGGGGUCACCGACGUCGAAAUCGCCGCACCGGUCGCUGCGAGGAAACCGCGCCGUCCUAGCUGCAAAGAUCUGCCACUGCCCAUCAUUUCCGAACCGCCGCCUCCAGGCAACUUCGAGAUCGUUGGACUGGAGCCGAGCGAUUCGGUGCGGGCCCGGACGCUUCAGAUCGACCACGUCUUCCCUCCGAUCCGCCGUCCUGAGUCCAGGAAGGCGGCGGAGGCAGACAGCGACGAGGAGUUCAGCGUCAAGGACGAGUCGGACGAGCUCGACCUUCUUGCGUCGGACGAGGAGGCGGAGCCGAGCGGCAAGAGGUCCACUCGGUCCCAGCGACGCGCGAGCGGCAAGCGCAGGGCUUCGGCGAGGCGGGACGAGAGCGACGGUGACUAUGCCGCGCCGGACGAAAAGGAUGGCGAGGGCCAAGGCGGCGUGAUCGGCGGCUCUGACGACGGUACCAGCGAUGGCGACGAGCCUCGCGUCGAGUACGAGCCGGCCACGUCUGCGCUCGAGAAGCACUGGGACACGUGCCGACGGUGCUCGGACAAGCCGACGAUGCACCACUGGAGCCGGGCGCUGGCGUCGCGCAAGCGGAUGGAGAGGCGCUCGGGCAAGCAGGUCCGGCUGCAGUCGCCCGAGAAAAAGACGCGCAGCGAGCGCACCAGCUACACCCGCGGCAUGUUUAACGAGGGCGUCGUGCUCGACACGGCCGAGCAGCGGAUGGAAGAGUGGCUCGACACGCUCGAGAUGCGCGGCGGCUGGUUCCAAUGCUCGACGUGCAGCGUCUCGUCGCACUGGGGCUGCCUCAACCAGCCCCACCAGAACGCCGUCCUGGCCCUGCUCAACUGCGAGCGGCGCGCCCGGCACCGCAGCCUGGGCGAGGGAGCCGGACCGGCGCCGAAGCUCAUCACCACGAUCGCGAUGAACGAGGUGGUCGACUCGAUCCCCUGCCCCGACUGCGCCGUGGCCCGCUGGACUUGCUUCACCUGCAAGGGCGACGUCCAGGGCGAACGGGUGCCCGAGGAGCUUGGCGGGCCCGACACCGAGACCGCCGCCCGGCUGCCCGCCCCGCCGAGCCCUCCGGUCGCGCCGAGGCUCUUCCGCUGCACCCGCUGCCACCGGUGCUCGCACUACGAAUGCAUGCCCGACGUCCCGGCCGCCGAGGGUGGCGCCAGCGGCGGCGGUGUCGAUGCGCUCGCGACGCCCGAGGAGCGGGCCAAAGCGGCCCAGGAAGCCGAGUGGAAGUGCAGCGACUGCCGCAAGUGGGCGGCCGUCGACCAGAUCCUGGCGUGGCGCCCGCUCGACCGGCGCGAGUGGAACGACCGCGAGGCCAAGAACCGCACCUACCCGGCCUACUCGAACAAGGACGAGCUGCCGCGCGAGUACCUCGUCAAGUUCAAGGAGCGCUCAUUCCGCGAGACGGUGUGGGUGCCCCACGACUGGCUGCGCGUCACGGCGCCGAUGGCCAUCAACCACUUCCUCCGCCACGGCACCCGCCUCGAGCUCGAGCCCGCCGAGCUCAUCGAGAGCACCGCCUCGGUCAGGUCGGCCAAAAAGGGCCGCGCCAGCCUCGCGCUGGGAGGCGGCUUCUCCGCCGCCGCGUCUGCUGCUGCAUCGUCCUCGACGCCGGAUCGGGCGCAAAAGGUCCGCAAAGUCAUCACGCUCGACGAUGUCGGCCAGGCCAGCACCGGCCCGCCGGGCCCGGAACCUGAUGCCCAGCAGCGGAUCCCGAUGCCCUGGAAGACGCCGGACCGCAUCCUCAGCGUGCGCUUCUACGCCUCGAUCGACACGGGCGCGGCAGAGCCAGGCGGCGCCGAGAUCGACACCGAGUCGGUCGAGGACAAGCGCCUGCUCGAGCCGGCCAACCUGCACGACAGCUGGCCCCACAUUUCCCAGAUGCUCGUCAAGUGGCAAGAUAUCGGCUACGAACGCAGCACGUGGGAGGACCUGCCGUCGCGCCGCAAGGACGCCGACGUCUUCGCCGAGUACCAGCGCGCCUACAAGAGCUUCCUGGCCGCACGCCAGGUGUCGAUUCCGCUGCUCGACGAGGCUGACCGCGACGCCCGCCGCUCCCGGCCCUUCCGCGCCCUCGACGACCAGCCGGCGUGCGUCCGCGGCGGCGAGCUGCUCGACUUCCAGGUCGAGGGCGUCAACUGGCUGCGCUAUGGCUGGCACAACCGGCAGCCGGGCAUCCUGGCCGACGAGAUGGGUCUGGGCAAAACGGUGCAGGUCAUCUCGUUCCUCGGCCAGCUGUGGAGCGAGCACCGCGCGGGCCCAUUCCUGGUCGUGGUGCCCAACGCGACGCUGCCCAACUGGGUGCGCGAGUUUGAAAAGUGGCUGCCCCACUUCCGCGUGGUGCCCUACUGGGGCGAGGCCGAGGCGCGCGACACGAUCCACAAGUUUGAGCUCUUCCACCGCGAGGGCGCGUCCGAGUCGAAGCGCAAGGGCCGGCGCACGAUCAAGGCCCACGUCGUCGUCGCCUCGGACACGGCGAUCCGCAUCGACUCGCUGCCCCUGCGCAAGGUGGGGAUGUGGGACGCCAUGAUCGUCGAUGAGGGCCAGAACCUCAAGAGCGGCGAGUCGGUGCUGCUGCGCAAGCUCAACGAGAUGCAGAGCGACCACCGCAUCAUUAUGACGGGCACGCCGCUCAACAACAACAUCGGCGAGCUCUUCAACCUGCUCAACUGGCUCGAGCCCGGCGGCCAGUGGAGCGCCAUCAAGGAGCUCAAGCGCAAGUACGAGGUGCUCAGCCCGGAACUCAUCGAGGAGCUGCAGCCCCGGCUCAAGCCCUACUUCUUGCGCCGGAUCAAGGCCGAGGUGCUCGACCUGCCGCCCAAGACGGAGCUCAUCGUGCCGACGUCGCUGCGGCCGAUUCAGAAGCGCAUCUACCGCUCCAUCCUCGAGCACAACGUCGAAGACAUCCAGGCGCUCGCCGAGGGGCGCGGCGAGACCAAGGGCAAGCGCAAGGCGGCGCUCACCAACCUCAACAACGUGCUGAUGCAGCUGCGCAAGUGCGUCCAGCACCCGUACCUGAUCGCGCCCGACCUCGAGGCCAAGGAGGGCGACGUCGGCUACGAGGCGUCGUGGGAGCACCAGCGCCUCGUCGACGCCAGCGCCAAGAUGCUCCUCCUCCAGCGGCUGCUGCCCAAGCUCAAGGAGCGCGGCCACCGCGUGCUGCUGUUUUCCCAGUUUGUCAUCAACCUCGACCUGGUCGAGGUCUUCCUCAGCGGCGAGGGCUACAAGUACCUCCGCCUCGACGGCACCGUCGGCCAGAAGCAGCGCCAGAAGGGCAUCGACGCCUUCAACGCGCCCGGCUCCGACUACUUUAUCUACAUGAUUUCGACGCGCGCCGGCGGCGUCGGCAUCAACCUCGCCACGGCCGACACCGUCAUCAUCUUUGACCCGGACUUUAACCCGCACGUCGACAUGCAGGCCAUUGCGCGCGCCCACCGCAUCGGCCAGGCGAAAAAGGUCCUCGUCCUCACGAUGAUGUGCAAGGGCACCGCCGAGGAGCAGAUCAUCGAGACGGCCAAGAAGAAGAUGGUGCUGGACCACCUCAUCGUGCAGAACCUCAACAACGAAGAGUCCCGCCCCGAGACGCUCGAGUCGAUCCUCAAGUUCGGCGCCGAGGCGCUCUUCGCCGAGGGCGGCCUCGAGGAGAAUGAGAGGGACGUCCGCUAUACCGAGGAGGACCUCGAUGCCCUCCUAGACCGCGGCGAGCGGCUCGACGAUAGCGACGACGACCUCGGCAUCGGCGGCAGCGGCGGCGGCGGCGACCACGGCGGCGCUGGCCGCUUCUCCUACGCGAGGGUGUGGGAGAAUGACAAGAAGGAGGACCCCGCCAUCAACCCCGCGAGCGCCGCGCUGGUCGACAACGACUUCUGGGCCGACCUCCUGGAGAAGCAUCGCGAGGACGCUCGGCUCAAGGCCGAGGCCGAGGAGGAGAACCAGCGCGCCUCGCGCCGCCGACGCCGCGACGCCAACAUCCGCGCCAUGGUCGCCGCCGACGAAGAGGAUCCGGCCUCGCCGGAAAAGGGCGGCCGGAAGGGCGGGUCGAAGCGCGGACCCAAGAAGCAGGCCCGGCGCGCCGAGGACGAGGAAUUUGUCGCGCGCCUCUCGGACCGGUCUGGCUCCGACGGCGAGCUCGACGGCACGGUGCCCGAGGACAUCCGGGAGCUCGACCGCAGGAAGAAGAGCAAGGCGUACCAGCCCAGGGAGUACCCGAUGCCCUUCUCUAUGGGCAGUGGGGGUGCCGCAGCCAACGGCGCUGGCCCGUCCAUUGUCCAGCUCAAUCCUGCUCCCUUCCCAGAUCCGGUGGCCGCAGCUGGCGGUGCGGCUGGACCCGCUGCUACUGCCGUUGGACCUGGGCCAGGCGCAUCGACGAAUGUUCCGCCCACUCAGCAGCACACGCAGCAGCAGCAGCAGCAGCAGCAGCAGCAGCAGCCGAUGCCGAUCCUUCAAGGUCAAGCGCCUGCACUCGUGGGGGCCAACGCGCGUCGGCCAACCUCGAGGCCCACCAACAUGCUGCAGGACUUCGAGACGAUCCGCAACCUUGAUGCCACGGCGCCGGUGGACCAGGUGACGCCCGAGCAAAAGGCCGUCUUUAUGCGCAUCCUCGACGCGCUGCCGUCGCAGCACUGGGACGAGAUCCGCCGCCGCAUGGGGCACAACGGCUUCCCGCAGCUGCCUCCGCCGCAGGGCCGCCACCAGCUGACCAUGACGCACGUCCAGUACUUUGCCAAGGCGUUCGAGAUGCCCGUCGUGCUGUUCGCUGCCACCUUCACGAUUGUGGCCGAGGAGGCCAUCCCGGACGAGAUCCGCAACAUGCCGUACGGCGGCGCCGUGGCGCUCAACUCGUCGCUCAUCAAGGAGCUGCUGCUGCGCACGGCCCUCUACAUGCUCAUCGCCUGCUCGGUGCCUCGGCCCGUGGAGCCGGCGCCCGCACCGGAACCGCCGCCGAUUGCCGCCAGCGACGAGCUGGCCCGGCAGAUCCUGGGCGACGUCGCCAAGUCGAAUGCGUGGCUCGAGCGGAUCCGGGGCCUGAGGCACACCCACCUCGGCCACUUGGCCGAGAGGGCGCUCCAGGCGCCCACUUUGGAGCAGCGCAUCAUGACUAUGAUGAGCGUCGAGAGGCUCGUCGUCGAUCUGCUGCGGCGGCAUAAGGAGCACCAUUAUCAGCAGCAACAGCAGCAGCAGCACGGCGGUGUGGGCAGGGCAACGUCGGCAUCGGCGUCGGCGGCACCCGGAGCUCCGAGCCCUGGCCAGGCGCAGCAGCCGCAGCAGCCGUUGACACAGCAGCCGAAACAGCAGCCGACACAGCAGCCGACACAGCAGCCGACACAGCAGCAACCCGCACAUGCGCCAGCGCAGGGGUCGCAGCAAGCGCACGCCACACAGACAGCUCGAGCUCGAGCCUCGUCUUCUGAAACUCGCGCCAGCCCAGGGGCAGGGGCGGCCGCUGCGGCAGCAGAGAAGAAGAAAAAGGCCGUCGGUGCUACAGUGGCUGAUCUGAUGCGCCUCACUCGGAACCAUCCGCUGGCAGCGGGCAGCCCGACGGCCGUGCCCGUGUGGCGCAACGAGCUGCGCAGGCUCGAUGCCAUGACCAAGGCGCGCAAGCCUCGUUCCAGCAACGCCUCGAGCGUCGGUGGCGCUUCCACGGCGGCCGACGCUGCCGCAGGCUCGCCAUCGGCCAUGUCAGGCUUUGGCACUCCCGGCGGCGGCGGCGGCGGCGGCUUCGACUCUCCUUCUCCCGCGCCGGCAGCGUUCAACGGGUUCGGGAGCCAGCCUGUCGGGAUGCAGAUGCCGAGCAACAUGGGCGGCAGCGCCAGCAGCAGCAGCAGCAGCUUUGCGCCUGCCUCGGUGCCAUCGACUGCCCCUCCUACGGCGCCGCCCUCGGUCCAAGAGGCCGUCGCCGCGGCGCCGACCCGGUACGGGCCCAAGCCCGAGCAGCGCUGCGCCAUCUGCCUGGGGCCGUUCCACUUUGCCAACCGGUGCCCGACGAUGCAGGACGUGUCGCUGGCCUCGAUGCGCUGGCACGAGCUCGUCGAGCAGGCGCGCCUCGACCGCGACGACGACAAGCUGCGCACCACGCUCAAGGUCAUGACGAUCAAGCUCAACUCGCUGCGCAACGCCGCGGGCCUCGAGCGCGUCGAGGUGCCGUCCGGGCUGCUCGCAUAG